CUAGCGAACUUCCUCGAUCGACAUCAUCGUGCGAUAUAGCCAAUGGCGGUAUUUCUCUGGUAAAAGUAAAUUUUUCUACAGUUUUUGGGAGACGGGUAUAAAUAUAAAUGUUGAUCUCAGAGCUGCGCGGGGACGUGCCGGAGUAACGGCACGUUGUCGUCGUCGUCGUCGUCGUAAUAGUAGUUGGCGGUAAUGCUGGUCAUGUAAUAACUCCCCGGACACGUCGUGUCACCGUUGAAACGCACCAAGCCCUGCACUUUAAAAUUAAAUGUUAGGAUAUUCACCGAUGUCACGUCCAGAAUAUCUUCGCUUCAACGAGGCCGAGAGUUGAAGAUGAGCUGCCGUUGAGUACUGGCAUUAGCCUGUGAUAGUCCGCGUCCGUGAGGAUCCGUCGGAGAGAUGGGCUUCUCCACGAGCCUGCAGGGUCAGGCGUCGCACGAGGCGCUGCUCGCCCGCCAGGAUGCCGAGAUCAAGCUGUUGGAAACAAUGCGAAGGUGCCUCACGACGAAGAUCAAGUCCGACCGGGAAUACGCCUCCACUAUUACCUCGCUCACCACCCAGGGGAGGAAGAUCGAGCGCAACGAGGAUCUCGUUGGCAGUCUUAUAACUCAGAGCUGGAGAGACAUAAUGGACUCUAUUGAUCAAACAGCGAAAUUGAUCAAGCAGCAGGCAGAUUCGAUUGAAAAUAUUGUUGUAGAUCAAUUGAGUACAUUGCACUCAGAAAGGAGGAGGGCAAGAAAGUUGUAUCAAGAGGAACAGAAUUGGCUGAAUAAUCAAUUUCAGCAGCUGACAGAUGACGUAACUAGGAAAAAAAUGGAAUAUCAGAAGAGUUUGGAGAUGUAUAAAUUAAUGAGAUCGCGAUUUGAAGAAUAUUAUGUUAAAUCUGGUAGGGGAGGCCGCAAGUUAGACGAAGUCAGAGAAAAGUAUCAGAAGGCGUGCAGGAAGCUUCAUCUAACACAUAAUGAAUAUGUAUUACUACUAGGCGCUGUGACAGAAUGUGAACACGAUUUAAGAACCUGUUAUUUGCCAAGUUUGCUCCAUCGGCAACAGGCUAUUCACCAAGAAUUCAUAACUUCAUGGAAGGGAAUCCUGCAGGAUAUUGUAAAAUAUACAGAUCUUACAACGGAGAAAUUCCUAGAGAUCCAUGUGAAAGUGCUGAAGGUAGUUGAUGGUAUCAAGCCUAUCGAAGAGUACAGGGAUUUUAUUGGAAAGCACAAAACUAGGCCAGCGUCUCCGAUCAGAUUCACGUUUGACGAGAAUCUUGUGGAUGACACUUCAGGGAAAUUAUUGCCAAAUAAACUGACCGUCGAUAACUUGACUAUAGACUGGUUGAGAAGUCGCCUGACGGAACUCGAAGCCUCUCUCAAAACCACGCAACAAAAUCGACAGAGUCCGCAAUUUCCGCAAGAAAAUAACAGCGAUUCUAGGAUUUCAGUCUUGGACUAUUCUCGUGAAAGGGAAGAGCUGAAAUUACGUUGCCAGGAGAAAAAAUUGCAGAGACAAGUGGACGUCAUUAGAGGCGCUCUCAACGAAUUAGGCUGUGAAGAGUUACCUUCGGGUUGCGAUCUUUCCAUGGAAGGUUCUUUCACCGAUUCACCUGCAAUCAGUAAAAGAAAUACAGUCGCAGACAACAGUUUGUUCACACUGAGGAGAAAUCAGCGAUUCAUGACAAUAUUAAAAUCACCCUUUAAAUCCCUGCCGGCAAUUAACGACUCGAAAAACGGGAUGAUUAGGGCAAAAAGCGAAGGGCCUGCGGCUAAAGCAGACAAAAAUAUCCCUCCUGUUGUACCGUUACGUGGAAUAUCGCAUUUAACUAACAACCAAAAAAGUAACGGGAACGGUGGUCCUCUUAUGGAGGAAGAAUGGUUUCAUGGGGUAUUACCGAGAGAAGAGGUCGUUCGACUACUCGUCAACGAAGGGGACUUUUUAGUGCGUGAAACAAUGAGAAACGAUGAGUGUCAGAUAGUUUUAUCCGUUUGCUGGGACGGGCACAAGCAUUUUAUUGUACAAACUACACAAGAGGGACACUAUAGAUUUGAAGGACCCACGUUUCCAUCUAUUCAAGAAUUGAUCAGGCACCAAUGGUUGUCCGGUUUGCCGGUGACCAGCCGAUCCGGUGCUAUUCUUAAGACGCCAAUUUUGCGCGAGCGGUGGGAGCUUAAUAACGAUGAUGUCAUCCUUUUGGAGAAAAUAGGUCGAGGAAAUUUCGGGGAUGUUUACAAGGCGCAACUAAAGACUUGCAAAACUGAGGUGGCCGUGAAAACGUGCAAGGUAACGUUGCCAGACGAGCAAAAACGCAAGUUCCUGCAAGAGGGGAGGAUACUGAAGCAGUACGAUCACCCGAACAUAGUCAAACUUAUCGGCAUCUGCGUUCAAAAGCAGCCGAUCAUGAUCGUGAUGGAGCUGGUGCCCGGUGGUUCGUUACUUACGUAUUUGCGGAAGAAUGCUAGUACAAUAACACAGCGGGAGCAACUGCGUAUGUGCAAGGACGCUGCGGCUGGUAUGAGCUACUUGGAAUCUAAGUAUUGCAUCCAUAGAGAUUUAGCCGCUCGCAACUGCCUCGUAGGAUACGAAUGUAUAGUCAAAAUCUCUGACUUUGGAAUGUCGAGGGAAGAGGAAGAAUACAUAGUUUCGGACGGUAUGAAACAAAUUCCCAUUAAGUGGACCGCACCGGAAGCUCUGAAUUUCGGUAAAUACACAUCGCUCUGUGAUGUCUGGAGUUACGGAAUUCUGAUAUGGGAAAUAUUUUCUAAAGGCGGUAACCCAUACAGUGGUAUGUCCAAUUCACAAGCGCGCGAGAAGAUCGAUGCAGGGUAUCGAAUGCCGGCUCCGGAUGGAACGCCUGAAGAGAUCUAUCGAUUAAUGUUGCGAUGCUGGGACUACGAACCAGAAAAACGGCCGCAUUUUGAUCAAAUAUACACCGUGGUCGAGACACUCUCGCAAGCGUAUCUAUAAGUUAGAGAUGUGCGAAUCAAAGUUUUUUGACGCCGCCGAGUUAAAUCAAAUUUCAUUUCUUUAUUUGAAUCCGAAACGAAUGGAAUUUAUUGAAACAUAACUUUUAAUUAACAACAUAAUUAUUGCACAUGCCUCGGUGCUCGAGCGGUUAAGACGCCCGCCCCGGAAAGUUGGGAAGUCCCAGGUUCAAAUCCUGACUGAGGUAAUAUUUUUCGCAGCAAAUAAUUCUUAGCAUUCAUACCGCGUCGCAGGAAGAGAUUUUAUUAGAUGCCGGUGAGUAUCAGUAUUUAUUAAAUUGAUUAUCAAUUUAAUAACGUGGUAAUACUGUUUUGUUUCAAGCAAUGAGCUGCGUUGAAUCUGAAGGUAACGGCACGCAGUUCGUUGAAACUAGAAUAUGUAUGUAAAAUCACAUAGAAAUAUUAGAAUCAUCAAGAUCCUGCUAUAUGAUCGUAUUGGCCUUCUCUCAAUUUAAUUUGUGUUAAACAUAAUUAUUGUUAAGUUGAAUUUUAAUAUACAGAUAUUUAAAAAAGAUUU